AAAUAAAUAAACAAAAAAAUCAAUAGGUUAAUAUAUGAAUAUUACAAUUACAUCAAAUUGCAUCAACUUAUAAAAUUAUAAAUAUAAUAUUACGUACAUAUAAAAUAAUAUUAUCAAACAUAUAUAUUAUAAUAUAAUAUAUUCUACUCUAAAUAUAUUUUACAAAACAUAAAAAUAUAAAUGAAUAUUUUAUAAAAUUAAUGGUUUAUAAAUUUACAUUAAACGCAAGUUAAAUCCAACACCCGCGCGGAAGCACGGAGACGCGGAUCAAGAUCUAGUUCAGUCAUUAAGUACUUAAGUCUAUUUUAACUAAAAUCUUUAUUUUAGCCCACUACACACACCACUAUACUAUUAUAUUUUGUAUAUAUGGUUCAUAAACAAAGCUAUGGUGAACAGGAUUCUAGGUGUUAUGUUUUGAUAGAUCAAAACAUGUUAUUAAGUUAAAUAGACAAGUACAAGAACACGACUUUUAAACACCACUUUGUAGAUCUCUUCAACAUUUUGUUUUCAAAUUAUGUAGAAUGAGUGAAAACUUGAAAUAUUCUUACUUCCAAUUAUUUAAAAUUUUUGUUUUGUUUUUCUUAGGGAAUGUGAUAAGAGAAGAUUUAAACAGAAAGUGUACUUCUCUUAGGCUUCGAAUGGUGAUCAUCGUUUCGUCCCGUCCCGCGGUUAACAGUGAUAAAAAUCUCUACGUAUACUAUAUAUCUAUACAUUUUUAUAACUGUUAAAACCGCAUCACAGUUGAACCGUUUGUCCUGCACCGUUCAAACUGCAGUCACCACUCGGAGCCAUUAGUAAUACUAAAAACAAUAUACGUAAGUCGUCUCAUUGACCUUUGACCUUGUAUCGCCUGUCCACAAUGGUUAUUCUUGAAUUUUUUAUUGUUCUGAAUAUAUUGACUUUUUAACAAUAGGAAACGACGGAUAUAUUGGACCAUUGGUAAAUAUACAGCUGCAGUAAUUGAUUAAUAUAUAUAUAUAUAUAUAUAUAUAUAUAUAUAUAUGCAAGAGAACGAUAUUUCCACUAACCGAUGACUGAGUAACCUUCUACAUAUAAAAUACAUAUGUGACUCAAUUGUGUGGUUAAGUAAUUAUUGGAACGACUGUUGGUGUAUAUAUAUUCAUUUCCUAUAUUACUGCCUUCAGGCACAUAACAAAGAAAGGUUUGACAAGAAUUUUAGAAGUGAAAAUGAAGUUCGGAAAAGAACUGUCGUCACAAAUGGUACCGGAGUGGCAACAAGCUUACAUGAGCUACGACUAUCUCAAAAACCUUCUCAAGGAAAUCAUCAAACUCAAACACAAAACCAACCCUCCUCCACCACCACAUCAAGCCGUCUCCAGUGAAGGACUUAGCCGCAAAAUGACUCUAUACCGAGCUUUUAGCGGUCUUGUCCAAACGCCAGGAAAGAAAAGACAAAGCUCGGGGCAAACCAACCCUUCUCUAAAAACUGACAUUGAAGAAGGUUAUGCUCCGAUACUCGUCAACAAAGGAGGUCACGGCUUAGAAACUACUUUCUUGAUGACGGCAGAGGAAGGAGGAGAAUAUGAAUUGGUGUUUUUCCGGCGACUCGACGAUGAGUUUAAUAGAGUUGAGAAAUUCUACAAAGAGAAAGUGGAAGAAGUAGUGAAUGAUGCGGUCAUGCUUAAUAAGCAAAUGGAUGCUCUAAUUGCAUUCCGAGUUAAGGUUGAGAAUCCUGUUGGGUGGGGAUGGGAGGAGCGGACGGUGGAAAUGACUCGCUUGGCCUCCGACGUUGCCACUUCCACCGCUGCCAUCGCUGCUUCUACACCUGCUAGAACUGGAAACAUGAAGCCUAGAGCUCAAUCUCGGUUGGAGGCUAUACAUGAAGGAGGCUCCAGCAGAGCUGAUCAAUCCCAGGAAGAUGAAAAUCACGGUGACUCGAGAAGGAGCAUCUUAAGCAAAAUGGCAGCUGGAAGGCCAGCCCCUAUCGAGGUUCUAGACCACAUAAAGAUCAACAACACUAAGGAAACGCCUAGGUCCACCAUUAAAGGCGUUCUCCAUUCCUCGAGCAAUGAAGAGAUCAUAUUCAAUAGGCAUAAUCUGAGGGAAGUCGAAGAGAAGCUCAAAGUAGCCUUCGUGGAGUUUUACCAGAAGCUUCGUCUCCUCAAGAGCUACAGCUUUCUGAAUGUGUUGGCGUUCUCCAAGAUUUUGAAGAAGUAUGAUAAGAUAACUUCAAGAAAAGCUUCCAAGCCUUACAUGAAAAUGGUUGAUAAUUCGUAUCUCGGAAGCUCAGAUGAGCUUAUGAAACUGAUACAGCGUGUUGAGGCUACAUUCAUAAAGCAUUUCGCAAAUGGUAACAGAAGAACAGGAAUGAAUAUUUUGAGACCUCAAAUGAAAAGAGAAAGACAUCGACUUACAUUCUCCACAGGUUUCUCUGCUGGAUGUGUGUUUUCUCUUAUAGUAGCUCUUGUCUCCAUCAUACGCGCCCGGAAUAUCUUUCAAAAGGAUGGCUACGAAGGUUACAUGAAAACUAUGUUCCCUCUUUAUAGCUUGUUUGGGUUCAUUGUGCUUCACAUGACUAUGUAUGCUAUUGAUAUAUACUAUUGGAAGCGUUAUCGAGUAAACUAUGCAUUCAUAUUUGGGUUCAAGCAAGGAACUGAACUUGGUUACAGACAAGUUCUGUUUGUGGGAUUUAGCAUUGGAGCUUUUGCGUUGCUUUGUGUACUUGGUAAUCUUGACAUGCAAGCAAACCCUAGAACCAAAAGUUUCCAAGCACUGACCGAACUUCUUCCUCUUUUCCUUCUUGGUGCUAUGUUUACAGUUUUAAUCUUGCCAUUAAACAUUCUCUACCGAUCGAGCCGCUUCUUCUUCCUUACGUGUCUGUUUCACUGCCUUGCUGCUCCUCUUUACAAGGUAACUUUACCCGAUUUCUUCUUAGGAGAUCAAUUAACUAGUCAAGUACAAGCUCUUCGAAGCAUCCAGUUUUAUAUAUGUUACUAUGGCUGGGGAGACUUCAAACAAAGGCAAGACACAUGCAAAGACUGGCAAGAAUACAAAAUUUUCUUAUACAUUGUUGCUGUAAUCCCAUAUCUAUCUCGCCUCCUUCAGUGCAUGCGACGAAUGUUUGAGGAAAGAAGCCUAGAGCAAGGAUACAACGGAGUCAAAUACUUGUUGACAAUAAUAGCGGUUUGUUUGAGAACAGCUUAUGUUUUUGAAACCAACAAGAAUCAUAAGUUUAUUCUCAAAGUAUUAGCUGGUUCUGCCUCAGUUCUUGCUGCUGUUUUCUGUACAUACUGGGACUUUGUCCAUGACUGGGGACUUCUGAAUAGAACCUCCAAAAACAGAUGGCUUCGAGAUAAACUUCUAGUCCCACACAAGAGAGUAUACUUCAUUGCAAUGAUCUUGAACGUUGUGUUGAGGUUCGCAUGGUUGCAAACAGUACUCGAUUUUGAGUUUAAAUUUCUCCAUAGUCAGACGGUGCUUGCGGUUGUGGCCUGUCUUGAGAUUAUUCGUCGUGGGAUAUGGAAUUUCUUCAGGCUAGAGAAUGAGCAUUUGAAUAAUGUGGGGAAGUACCGAGCUUUCAAGUCAGUUCCAUUACCGUUCAGUUACGACGAAGACGAUGAAAAAGAUGAUUAACAUGUUUACAGAAGAACGUGAACAUUUUCUUAUACAUGAAACGAAGUGUUUGUAACAAAAUUAUUCAUUGUGUAAUACAAAACUGAUAGUAAAAGAAAUACAAAACUUUUGAUGACAAAACUAAUGGAAGUAAUUUAUCCCGUAUAUGGACGUGUGAAUGUGAUUGGUGUUUCUCUAGUGGACAAAAAGUGCCAACUGGAAAUCUUCUUCGUAGAAAAUUGUACGAUUGGUACUUGUAGCAUAGAAAACGAAAAUGUAAAGAGAAGUCCACAAUAAUUUGUCGGCGACAUCAUAAAGCACUUUAAAAAAGUUCCUAAACAAAGUACCUAAAAAUACACCAGACAAAAAAAAAAACCUAAUUUUCAAAAAAAAAAAAAAAAAAAA